AUGUAUAGAUAUAGUGGGAAAAUCGAGCAUUUUCAAAAAAGGCAGUAUUUAUCCCCAUAUGCGGAUGCAAGUGGCUUGCAAGCGGGUUCCCUCGAGUUUGAUAAACGGGCGGUGGCCGUGAUGCACGAGCUGCUGAGCUUUACUCUCGAGAAGAGAUUAGUGACUGAUUAUUUGACGCAUUUUAGACGGGAGUUUACUAUGCCACAGAAGCUGAUGAGGCUUCUGCUGAAGCACCUGGGUAUUUUCUAUGUCUCGGAAAGGGGAAAGAGGUUUAGCGUGUUCUUGAAUGAGGCUUAUGAUGGUCCUGAGUUGAUCAAGAAGGAUCCGUUGGUUGUUUGGAGGGAGAAAGUUCUGAGAUUUGUCGGUCACAGGGGAAAGAAUAAGAAGAAAAUUGGGUCUUUUGAGGAUUUUUCAGAUGAGAAGAAUAGUGAGGCUUUGCUCGGAAGUGAUUAUGAAGAAAGAUGA